UCCAUCCCGCUCUCUGUGAUUUUUCGAAUCCCCCAACUUAAAAUAGCCAGUUUUUUCCCCAUCUCUUCCUCUACUCUCUGCUAUUUCAUUUUUUUUUUUCAAAUGACGGAACUGGAGGAUCCGCUGCAGGGAUACAGCGGAUUGUCUCUCUUCCGAAGAACAUUAGGCUCUCUUCCUAAGCCUCCUCAUGAUCCCGAUGAUCUUCUCUCCGCCCACAAUCUCCUCAAAUCCCUGCCGGUAAAAAAUCCGGAUAAACUCAUUGAGCAGGCGAGAAGUAUUUUAGAUGCUACUCCAGAAGCUACCAAUGCCGACUUGCCAAAUGGGGUAAUGCCUGAAGAUAAAAGUGAAGUUGUUGCUCAGAAGGAUGCAGAAAGUCCCCGGGCACGAAGGCCAGGUUUAGGGCGCAAGCGUGCUCGGUUUUCCUUGUUUCCUAAUGCAAGUCAACCUACUGUGAAUUUGGAACCGACUUUGGAUAUUGAUAGCCUGAAAGACCCUGAGCAAUUUUUCUUGGCUUUUGAAAGGCUUGAAGAUGCUAAAAGAGAAAUGGCAAAGCAGACAGGUCGUGUUUCAAUUGGUUCGAAUCAAUCCAGGGCAUCAAUGGCUCCACGCCAUCGACGACCUGGAAUGCCUGGGAGAUCUAGGACAGCUAAAUAUCAACAUCUUUAUCCAACCAUGUCCUCCCAGGAAACCUUUAUGGAGAAGAUUCUUAGUCCAGCUAAUCCUGGAUCACAACAAGAAACAUUCAGUCCAGAUGUUGCAUCAGAACUAAGCGAAUCAACAAAUCUUGCCCCAGAAGAAUCAGGACUAGCUGGUUCAAUGGCCAAGGCUGAGAAAAGGGUUGAUAAACUUCUAGAUGAGUUGCUUUCUCGUGAUUAUGAAGAGCUUGAUGGGGAUGGAGCAUUCACUUUGUUACGGGACUGCUUGCAGGUCAAGUCACUUGACCUAGAGAAGUUGAGCCUCCCUGAAUUGCUGAAUGUGCAAAAGACCAGUUUGAAUGCUUUGGGGGGGAAUUUGCCAAAGCCUAGGAUUGUAUUAUCAGACAUACAUAAUUUACCGAGAAGGACUAUAACUCCUAUGAGGCAGCAAAUUGCAGAAAAUUCUUCUUGUAGUUUUGGUUCGCCCACUCCACCAAAAAGUCCAUUGGCUUUGCUAGCAUUAUUGAGGAAACGCAUACUGCAGUCAAAUCCACCAACUGAUCCAUUUUCAGUUUUUGAUGUUGAUCAGUCACCAGAAAUAAAUGGUAAUACUAGACCAGCUCACGUGGCUAUUGGAGAUUCUGGAACUCAAAUAGACAAAUCUCUAAAUGACAACUUGACUAGUCCUGUUUCUGGUAGUGAUGGUUGUCCUAGCAGGUCUAGUGCUGAGGUGGAGAAUAGAGAUGUUGGUGCAGAUAAUGUCAUCAAAGAUGAGAAUUCAAGUCAGCUUGGUGGUGAUAUGGAUAUUCAAACAAAAGGGCCAAAUGCAGUGGAGGACAUGGUGGAGGAUAUGCAGCAUAUAACAGUAGAUAAAUCUCUGAAUGACAAUUUGAUUAGUCUUGGUCCUAGUAGUGAUGUUUGCUGUAGCAAAUCUAGUGCUGAGGUGGAGAGUGGCAACCCUGGUGUGGAUAAUGGGGUAAUAGAUGAUAAUUUAAGUCAGCUUGGUGGUGAUGCGGAUAUUCAAACAAACAGGCCAAAUGAACUGGAGGACAUGGUGGAAGAUAUUCAGCAGAAAGCUUUGGAUUCUACCCAGCCUGAUGACACAACCAUGGAGUUUUUGAACAACGCACAGGAUCAGUUUGAACAAUUAAGUCCUGCAGUUGUUGAAGACCAUGCAAUGGAUGGUUGCCCUGAAACCCAAGGCAGUGGCCUAGAACAAACCAAAGACAAUUGUCCAGAGCAUCAGGAUGAGACAGUUGAGGAACCUCCUGUGGCGUCACUAAAUAAACAAGCCAAAGCAAAAUCUCAUACAGCCAAAGGACGCAAGAAUGGAUCACUCUCUAAGAGGCAUAGCCUUGCAGCUUCUGGUACAUCAUGGGAAACAGGACUGAGGCGAAGCACCAGGAUUAGAUCAAGACCUUUGGAGUAUUGGAAAGGGGAAAGGUUUUUAUAUGGCCGCAUUCAUGGGAGUUUGGCUACUGUAAUUGGGAUAAAGUACGAGUCUCCAGGAAAUGAUAAAGGAAAACGUGCUCUGAAGGUGAAGUCAUAUGUCUCUGAUGAAUACAAGGAUUUGGUUGAACUAGCUGCUCUGCAUUGAGAUAGUUUGAUCAGGUAUUAUGGCCUGUAAGGAUAACUUUUAUAGGAAAAAUCAUAGGCAAGGCCAUGCUUCUAUGAAAUUUGUCUGCGCAGUUAUUGAUUCUGUUUCAUCACUUCCUAAUUACUCUGCUAAUAUACUUCCCAAUUACAUGGCUAGCAUGGAUGUUCAUGAUGUGGGUGUUGAAGGAUAUCGUACACAUCUUGUGUAAUUUUUGUUUUUAUUAGUGAAUCGCAUUUUCUAUAUAAA